AUGUCCGACUACUAUCGCGACCGAUGUCGGCACGGCGGUAUUCUGUCCGACAACUUUAUCCGUUUCUGGUGGAACCGGCAAGUCAUCACGAACCAGUACGGUUUGCCUGGCAGGGCGGAAAAAGAUUGGGGUGAGGAUACCAUUGAGGGAGACUUGUCCGACGAAGAGCGCGAGAAGGCUCGAUGCGACCAAACCAUCGACAACGUGUCGAACAGGUUCCGCGAUGAAUCAUACUAUGCAACGCGGGACUUUCGCUUGGAGGACAUAGAUGUGCCACUGCUGUCGGUGGCCAACCUGGGCGGCAUUGGCUUACAUCUACGGGGAAACGUUCACGGGUACAUGUACGCCGGUUCCGAGUUUAAAUACCUCCGCUUCAUUGUGGGCCGUCACGAUCUUCCUUUCUACUAUGAGGAGGAGGUUGAACUCCAGCUCAGUUUCUUAGACGCGUGGUUGAAAAACGAAGACCGCGAGGGCUGGACGCAGCCGGGCAAGGUCAACCCCGUGAGUCUCAUUUUGCGCAAAGGCAAUGUCGGCUAUGAUAACGAAGAGUCUGAGAAAUCAUUCCUACGGCGCGAAGAGAUGGAUUGGCCCAUAGCGCGCACCGACUACAGGCGUUAUUACCUGACCAGAGAGAAUGGGCUUGAAGUGGCUAUGGAUAGCGGUGAUUCAGCGCGGUUGACGUAUCCAGCCCCGGGAGGCGUCCACGAGCAGCACAGGGUGCACUUUACCUCGGCGCCAUUUGCAACUGAGACGGAAAUCACAGGUCAUAUCGUCGCGCACUUGAAUGUGUCCAUCAGUGCCACCGCUCAGAUGGAAAGCACUCCGUGUGACAUGGACCUGUUCGUCACACUUCGUCAUCUCGACGCAGAAGGAAACGAGAUCCUGUACACCGGGACGGUCGGGGACCCUGUGCCAGUGGUGAAAGGGUGGCUGCGUUGUAGUCUUCGCAGAACGAACCCAGAAGACGCGCGACACCGCCACUACCUCCCGUACCGCGAGUACCUUUCCACUGACGAGGAACCGAUGAUGCUCGAUGAGAUUUACGAGGUAGACGUUGAAGUCUGGCCUACAUCGGUCGUCAUUUCGCCAGGACAUAGGCUCCUUUUCGAAGUGUCAUCGGGGGACACAGACGGCAGCGGGCUGUUCUUGCAUCAGGAUCCUGUUGACCGCGACAAGAAACGCUUUGCAGGGCUCAAUCACAUUCACUUUGGUGAUGGGAGACAGAAUUAUGUACAGCUGCCUAUAAUUCGGCCAUUCAUCAGUCUACGUUUGCCCUCCUGGCCAGAGGCGAUCGACGCGGUCACCGGCGAUCCGACCAAGUUGCGCGGUGUUGGGGACCUUGUCCAGUCCUUGGUCAACUACUUUUUAACAGGAGGCAUUCCCAAACAAACCGCCGCCGCCGCCGCCGGCAAUACCGCGACCUCUACCGACCACGAGAGUGCCUCCGACACUGCGCCCUGGCAAGCGAUUACAGCUCCCAAGUCCGCAGUGUCCGACACUACAGGAGAAAACGAAACCUCUACGGAAGAAAAACCGGCCAGCAGCAGUGGCGACGGGGAAAACAUCGCCAAGCGCCGCGACCGCUACAAGUGCCUUGUCACCCACAACAAAGGCGGCAUCGACGCAGCACAUAUCCUGCCCCAUGCUAUGAACGCCGCUGAAGAUCACGUCUCAGGCGCUUCGGAUAAGCUGUGGAACGUGUUGACCCUCAACACCUAUGUACAUCGACUCUUCGAUAUGGGUUUGAUAGGGUUCCGUCCGAAAAAGAUUGCCAAGCACAAGUCUCUGGCCGACGAGCAAUUCUGUGUCCAUUUUAGCAUCCACUGGCUUUGGAAGACCAAGGUUUUAGCUCAACACGAGGUAUCGCCGACCAACCUCACCUUGCACUGGGCAUUCCUCAAAACGGAGGAAUAUCAGCACAACGAGAAACACUAUGAAAUCUACAACCCGGUGCCGCAAAAGUCUGUCUGGGACGGAACUAUCGUCUGCGUCCUACAAGAUUCCUUGGAGGAUGCUCAGAAGAUGGGCCGCCGGUUCCCGGAUGGGGAUCCCAGAAAAGACGAGGAAUUCCGAGAGAGCGAGGAUACCGAGGGCUUCUGGGAUCAGGUCGAAAACCACGAGGCCAUUCUCAACGAGUGUUUUGGUCGGACUUCAUAA